CAUUUAUUGAAUUAAGUGAGCCAUCCAAAGUUCAGAAAAAUAUGAUAUCUUCAAUACAAGAAAGUAAUGUUGAUACUAAUAGUUUAUUUAGUAGAUUAGUUGAAAGAUACCUAAAUAUUCAUUUAUCUAAAAGACUAAGUUGA